ACCUUUUUGUAUAUUAUCGAAAAAGCUAGAGAGAAAAAACGCAUACUGAACCAUGAAUCGCCGUCUUCAAUCACAGUGGAAACGGGCUCCGUUGGCUUCUACCGUUGCGCUUCUGGCGCUUGUCUUGUCGGGUAGCUGGCUUGGUGCGGUAGACUGCUGGUCAUCCCACACAACAGAAACAACAACGCCGCCACCCGCUGGAUCGAACGCACCACUGUCUUCCCAUUUUAUUGCGCAGUCCCUGUCGCGCCGGUCCAUCCUGUCGACUGCUGCAUGSGGUGUGCUGUUGGGAGAAGCAGCACUCGCCGCGAACCCGAACCAAGCCCUUGCAGAGGACGGCGAACCAUCGGGUACAACAACCACAACCACAGCACCAUUUAUUUAUGAGCGGAAGCAGACUGUUUUAAACAAAAAGGAACUAAGCUACCAGAUUUCCAUCCCUUCCUCCAUGAAGGAGGGUUCGAAGCCGGUCAAGACCCACCUGGACGAAGUCAAUUUCGUAUCGGAUUCCGUAAAGAGAUACCAAUACGGCAUUACCGUAGAUCCUGUGAGGAUUUCAUCACUCAAAGAGGUACGUACCAUUUCGGCCGUUUCGAUGCCUCCUGCCCUGCGGUAGGCUUUGCCAUAAACCAUGUCACCUGUUGCCUGUUGAGUUCGUGAGAGAUGGUCUAUAUGUAGAAGAGAUGAGAACGAAAUCGAUGUGAUAUUGGAUCUAAUUUCUUUGAUUUUCGAAUUUUUGUUGGUAUAAACAUUUCUGUGUAUGUCCUCGAACGUGCUUCGACGUGUUUGUUUGUAUGCGUUAAUGGUUUCCCUUCGCCGGAUGUAGUUUGGCACACCGGAAGAAGUAGCGGCGCGCGUUGUAACGGCCGAGGUCAACCGGGACGGGAUUUUCGAGGUCACCCUGCUGGAAGACCCCUUCCAGACGACUUCGGAUGGCACCGAUGCCUACAUCCUAAAGUAUCUGUCGGUCGGAAAGCGGGGGCGAAAAGUUUACACGAACAAGAUCGUCGUGUCCCCAAACCAGUUGCUUUACGUGCUCACGGCGCAGUGCAAGGAAGACGACUUUCCCGAGCAAGAGAAGGAGAUCAAGAGCACUGUAGACUCCUUUCAAACGUUUUGAUUUGUACGAUAAUCAAUAGAUCACUUCAGC